GCCAAUACUUAUCUACUAGUAAAUUUAUGAAUGUGAUUUCUUAUUCAGUUGAAUUUUUUUUUAAUUUUGUUACACUAGUCAAACAUUUCAACUUCAGAAAUUCGUGUCCAACAAAAAUUUUGAAAAUUAAGUUGAAAAAUAAAUAUGUUUUUUGUUAUUUUAAAAACAUCUGCUCUGUUACUGUUAUUGAGCAAUGCGGCUUUUUCAUUGAGCCCUAGAAAUGUAAUCUGUUCUGUUGUCAGCCCGAACUCAAAAAAAGGACCAGUAACUUUUUAUCUAAAUACAAAGAAUAUCAAACAUUUUGAAAUUAAAGCAGAUGCUGAUUCAAUUAAAAAUGCUCCUUUCACCGAUCGUUCUGACACUCUUAAGAUUGUUAUUCACGGAUUUGGAUCAAAUCCGCAAGAAAAAAAUAUUGAAGUUUUGCGUAAUGCAUAUUUAAAUGGAACUAUCGAUCGAAAUGUGUUGAUGGUAGAUUACUCUCCAACUAUAGGUAAUGUGUCCGAUGCAGUUAUGGUUGAAUAUCAGAUUGAUUAUGUAAAAGCUGUAAGAUGUGCUUUGCCAGUAGCAGCUAAAGCAAUAGCUAAUAUGGCUGAAAUGACAUUAAAUACAAUACCAGGAAUAAAAAAAAUACAUUUAAUUGGCCACAGUUUAGGAGGUCAAAUAAGUGGAGAAGUCGGUACUUUAAUGCAAAAAAAAGGGAAAAUAAUCGAUAGAAUAUCUGCUUUGGAUCCAGCUGAACCAUUAUUUAAAUUAGGUCCAAAACUAAGUCCUCAAAGCGCAGGUUUCGUCGAUGUCUACCACACAAAUAUUGCUAAUAAAGGAUAUACCACAACUUUAGGGACUGUAGAUUAUUAUAUUAAUAACGCCUAUAAGCAACCUGGUUGCAUACAUUACAAAAACGAAGACGAAAUUUUGAGCUGUUCACACGGAUCAGCACCUUACUAUUUUGCUAAAUCUAUAAAUGAUAACGAAAUAAUAACUACUCAAUGUAAUGAUAUAAAAGAUAUCAUUACUAAAAGUUAUUUAAUUUUAAAAAAAAUUGACGAUUUUAGCGAUAACAAUUUGAGUAGCACAUGUCAAAGAAAAGCAAGAGUAGAAACUGGUGUAGUCUUUGGUGAACACGUAUCUAGAGAAGUGGUUCACGAUAAAGAAAAUUCCACUUGUUUUAUUAAUAAUAUAAACGCCAAAAAAUUGUUGAAAAAAAAAAUGUUUAUAAUUAUUAAAUUAUCAGCUCUGUUGUUGCUUAUAAAUAAUAAUGUAGCAUUGUCAUUCAAUCCAAAAGAUGUGAUUUGUUCUAUAGUAACAUCAAAUUCUGAACCUGUGUUAUUCUUUUUAAAUACAAAGAAAAUUAAAAACGUAGAAAUAAAAACGGAUGUCGAAUCAAUUAAAAAAGCUCCAUUUACCGAUCGCUCUGAUUCUCUUAAAAUUAUCAUUCAUGGAUUUGGUUCCAGUCACCAAGUGCCGAACAUAGAUAUAUUGCGCAAAGCCUAUUUAAACGGAACUGUCGAUCGAAAUGUAUUGAUGGUUGAUUAUUCUAAAAUUAUUGGUAACGUAUCUGAUUCAAACAUAAUUGAUUACGGAAUAGAUUACAUACACGCUGCCAAAUGUCAUUCAUCAAUUGUAUCUAAAGCUGUCGUUAAUAUAAUAAACACAAUAUUAAGUUCCAGAUCAGACAUAAAAAAAAUACAUUUAAUUGGUCAUAGCUUGGGUGGUCAAAUAAGCGGUGAAGUAGGCAACAUGAUUCAAGAAAAGGGCAAUAAAAUUGAUAGAAUAUCAGCACUGGAUCCAGCUGAACCGUUUUUCAAGUUAAGUUCUAGAAUCUCUGCUCAAAGUGCAAAUUUUGUAGAUGUCUACCACACAAAUAUUGCUGAUAAAGGGUUUACCAAACCAAUUGGUACUGUAGACUUUUACGUAAACAAUGGAGUUAUUCAACCAGGCUGUGUUAACAAUAAAUCUAAAAAAGAAUCUUUGGAAUGUUCUCAUGGAGCAGCUCUCUUAUAUUUUGCUAAAUCUAUCAAUGACGACAAAAUUAAGUCAAGUCAGUGUAAUGAUAUAAAGGAAAUAGUUGAAAAAAACACCAAAGUAUUAUUUAAAAUUGAUGAUAAUAAUAAUAAUGAUUUGAGCAAUACUUGUUUACAAAAAUCAAAACUUUCUGUCUUAAAUAUAUUCAAUAUGUUUAAAAAUAACGAAAUUUUUGGAGAGCACGUUUCACGAAAGACAUCGGGUGUAUACUUUUUAUCAAUGUUGGAAAUCCCAUCGUUAGAUUGAUGUAUAAAUUACUACUCAUGACACAAUUACAUUAUCACAACUUUAACUAAAUACCAAAUUAUUAGAUUCUAUCAUUUUUAAUUUAACUAUUAUAAUUUAUUUUUGUUAAAAAAGUAAAAUAAAUUUAUACUUGACGAAUUAUUUAUAUAGAUUACAUGUAUAAAGAUACAGAUGAACUAUAUUUCUACAUAUAAUGUAUUAAUGUUUAAUCUUUUUAAAAUGAUAAAAACAGAUAAUCUUCAUGAUUUUUCAUUAAUUUAUAAAACAAUUAUCUAUUAACAUAAACUUUUAUUUCAAUUCAAAUAUGCUGUUGUAGUGCUAAGAGAUCAUCGAUUGGGGUUCUUAUUUUAAAUGUUUUAUAUUAUUAUGUAUUAUUCAAUAGAUAAUUGAAAGGCUCGAUGCUAUGCCGAGAGAGUAUUUAUUUUACUAUGAUGUAUUUUUAUUUUUUUUUAUUUCCGUCGCCACUUUUUCUCUCAUCAGACCGAAUUCUUUCAACGAUACGUCAU